AUGGUAUUAAUAGUCCUCCCGACAGAAGAAACUAUUAUAACAUUUAACACUAAUGGAGUUACUACAUUUAAUGGAGAUUCGUUCACAAUGUGGAAAAUGUUCAAUUUUUUUCGGAAGUAUUACGAGAUUAUGGAUGAUUUACCUUUUAAUCAAAACGAUAAACAACAAAUCGAAGAAAUAAUUAUGCAAGAAAUAAAUGGCUAUGUUAUGGUUACACAGUGUCGGCGUUUGAGAGAAAUACCGGACAAAUCGGAAUUAGUCAUAAUUGGAAUAAAACAAAUACGUCACAGAAACAAAGUUCGUUACAUAUUGCAGUUCGAUAACCUGGAUUCAUUGAACGUUUCAAAUGUCUGGUUGGAGAAAGAAAUGUCAGAUGUUAAUAUAGAUUUAAAUUAUAAGAUAAAAAUUGAGAUGGAUUGGAAUUAA